AUGAAGACCUCUGGCGCUCUGCUCGCGAUUGCAGCUUCUGCUGCAGCACUCCCGGGGAGUCACAAACCCAAGCCGCAGCCUGACGCGGAUGGAAAAUUUACUCUCACGGCCCCGGGCAUCAGGGCUCAGUUCAUUCCCUACGCUGCUACUCUUACGAAUCUUUUUGUAAAGGAUAAGAACGGCGUCGAGACUGACAUCGUACUUGGUUACGACAACACCUCCUACUACCCUGUGGACCCCGGACACCCAGUCUACAAUGCUAUCCCCGGGCGCUAUGUCAAUCGUAUCGGAAACGGCACCUACACUCUUGACGGUGUGACAUACCACACCGAGAAGAACGACGGUCCAAACACCCUUCACAGUGGAACCAACAACUGGUCUUACCGAGUUUGGAAUGUCACCAAUGUGACCAAUUCAUCGAUAACGUUCUCAAUCCACGACCCAUCCAACUCGAGCCUCGGCAUGAUGGGAGACGUCGAUGCUAGUGUGACCUACUCGGUUUCGAAAAAUAAAUGGAGUAUCGUGAUGGAUGCUAUCUCGCCGCAACAGAGAACACCUGUUAUGCUCACGCAGCACACCUACUUCCAGCUUGAUGCAUUCAAGAACCCAACGAACAGGACCGUCUGGAACCACACUCUGUAUGCACCGACCGCAAAGCGGGCAUUGGUGGCGGACCAGAACGCUUUGCCCACUGGUGAGAUCGCGAAUAUCACCAAAAACAGUAUUGAUGAUUUCUGGAGCGCGCCUCACCAGCUUGGAUUUGCAUCAGGCGAAGUCGGGUUUGAGAACCACUGCGGUAGCGGCUGCCACGGAUACAACGGCGCUUUGGCCUUUAACAACAAGAGAAACAAGAAAGAUGUUGCGCUCACUCUCAGCAGUGCGUUCAGCGGCAUCAAGGCUGAGCUCACCACCGACCAGGAUGCAGUUGUUCUGUACACGUGCAACUGGAAUGAUGGGAAGAGCGAGUUCAAGAGCACCCAGGGUGUCGCAGGCCAGGACAAAUUCAUCCCGCGCGAUGGUUGCAUUGCCAUUGAAGCCCAGGAUUACGUUGACGGAAUCAACCAGUAA